AUUCGACGCUUGAAAGACAGCUGAGCGGAACCGCUCGCCACUCAGGCAAGUCACGCCCCAAUGAGGAGGACGAAGAAGAACAAGACGAGGGUCGGCAGCCAGGAAAUGUUGUAGAAGCAGACUUUUGUUGGAGCGCUGGGAUCAGAGCCUUUGUUUUCCAUGAGUGCCGCCAGACUUCUGCCGUCUUUCAGUCCGUCGGCGAUGCCCGGCUCAGUCAUGCCCAUGGACGCGGCCAUGCGGUUCUACGUGGGCCACUCUUCUCCCCCUCUCAGGGGCUUCCUGAGAUCCUACGAGGCUUCUCUCCACCAAACCAAGAGCCGAGGCCAGCGGGACCGAGCAGCCACCGCAACCGCCACGCUCAGGCCCUGCCUCAGUAGCCAGCAGCAGACGGCAUUGCACAAGGAUAGCUGGAGCAGCAAAGGCCAGAAGAAGAAGGUGGUGUUCGCUGACUCCAAGGGAAUGUCGCUCACCGCCGUGCGCAUUUUCUCCAAGAAUGAGGAGGAACGCGUCAGCGAGCUGCAGUUCGACAUGAGCGACCUGGAGACCGCCGCCAUGGAACUGAAGAUCAACUCUGCGUGCAACCUGGCACUGGACUUUAAGCAGCCCUCAGCAGACUACCUGGACUUCCGGAACCGUCUGAUCCGGAACUCUGUCUGCUUGGAGAACUGCUCGCUGCAGGAGCGUUCGCUCACCGGCACAGUCAAGGUGCGCAACGUCGGCUUUGAGAAGUCGGUGCGCUUGCGGGUGACCUUUGACUCGUGGGCCAGCUUUGUGGAGGUGGACUGCACCUUCAUGAACAACGUCUACGGCGCCCACGACACGGACACAUUUGCCUUUGUUCUGGACCUUCCUGCCGACAUCCCCCCGCAGAAUCGAGUGGAGUUCUGCGUCCGCUUCGAGGUCCGAGAUCGGACCUUCUGGGACAAUAACGAUGGCAAGAACUACGUCGUCAAGCACGCGGGCUGGACCGGCAGCGUUUCCUCGCUGCCUCCCACCGAGCACACAAAACCAAGCAGCAUCAAGUUGCCAGUGCAGGAUCUGGAGCUGUUGGAAAGCCCUCGCAUGUGCAGCGGCUUCUUCCCGGGCUGGCAAAGCUGGAACCAUGUGGACCCCGCCGUGCCCUACUGGUGACCGGCUGCUGCGCUGGCAGACGUUACAUCCUUCAUAUUGAAGGGGAGCAAGAGAGAGCCGGAUGUUUUUUUGGGGGAGGGGGGGGGGUCUGGGCGUGUCACCUGCUGAUGAUGUCAUUAGAGAGUGAAUGUUUCUUAUUGCUUCACAUGCUUGUGGUACUUGUGCAGCGGUCCCACACAUCUUUGUGAAUUGCACAGACACUGUGUGUGUGUGUGUGUGUGUGUGUGUGCGUGCGUGUGCGAGGCUGCCAAUCAUGAGUUUAAUUUUCUUUUGGCAAAGGAACUCGUGCUGUUUGAAAUAAAAGUUAGCUUGUCAUUUCCGUG